AAGGGCUUGUCCUCACAUGUGAUUAGUGGGUGUGUGUUGUCUUCCCCCCUCAUUCAGUGCGACGUUUUAUUAAAGUUGUAAGAUGGCGACGGUGCAUCUGAGGAUCGGGGAUCUAGUGUGGGGGAAGCUCGGUCGUUACCCACCAUGGCCAGGAAAGAUAGUAAGCCCCCCAAAGGAUCUGAAAAAGCCCAGGGGCAAAAAAUGCCAUUUUGUGAAAUUCUUUGGAACUGAAGACCAUGCCUGGAUCAAAGUAGAACAGCUGAAGCCUUACCACGCCCACAAAGAGGAGAUGAUCAAGAUAAAUAAAGGAAAGCGCUUCCAGCAGGCUGUUGAUGCAGUGGAAGACUUCCUCAAGAAAGCAAAGGGAAAAGAACAGAAUUCAGAUGGAAAAGGAGACUCAAAAGGAAAGAAGACACCUAACAAGCCACUGAAAAUACUGGAGGAGGAUGAUGAGGAUCUCAGUGCCUUGAAGGACCCCUCUGAGAAGGACUUAACUGACUCUGACCCCGAGCCAUCCACUAUUGAGAGGCUGGGGGCUGGACCUGGCUCAGGAUUCAAAUGGGAAAGCAGUCCUGUGAAGGACGACCCACAUUUCCAUCACUUUCUACUCAGCCAGUCUGAGAAGCCAGCCUCAUCAAUGGAACCCAUUAGCAAGCGCCUGAAGAUCAUUGAGGAGGACACAGGGUCAACAUCUAUCCAAGCAGCAGACAGCACAGCCAUCAAUGGCAGUAUCACACCCACAGAUAAAAGGAUAGGGUUCCUGGGUCUGGGGCUGAUGGGUAGCGGUAUUGUUUCCAACCUGCUGAAAAUGGGUCACGUUGUCACAGUGUGGAAUCGCACAGCAGAAAAGUGUGACCUGUUCAUCCAGGAAGGUGCCAGAUUAGGCCGGACUCCUGCAGAGGUGGCUUCCAUGUGUGACAUCACUUUCUCCUGCGUCUCUGACCCAAAGGCUGCCAGAGAUCUGGUAUUGGGACCCAGUGGAGUGCUGCAGGGGAUCAGGCCAGGCAAAUGCUACGUAGAGAUGUCCACUGUAGACCCAGAGACCAUCACAGAACUCUCACAGGUGAUCACGUCGCGGGGUGGUCGGUUCCUAGAGGCUCCAGUGGCAGGAAGCCAGCAGCUCUCCAAUGACGGGAUGCUGGUCAUCCUGGCAGCGGGUGACAGAACAGUCUACGAGGACUGCAGCAGCUGCUUCCAGGCCAUGGGCAAGACCUCCUUCUUCCUGGGUGAGGCAGGGAAUGCAGCAAGGAUGAUGCUGAUCCUAAACAUGGUGCAGGGCAGCUUCAUGGCCACCAUUGCAGAGGGGCUAACUCUGGCCCAGGCCACUGGCCAAUCACAGCAGACCUUCCUGGACAUCCUUUGCCAGGGCCAGAUGGCAAGCACCUUUGUGGACCAGAAAUGCCAAAAUAUUUUACAGGGCAACUUUAAGCCAGACUACUAUUUGAAACAUAUUCAGAAGGAUCUGAGGCUAGCCAUCUCCAUGGGCGACAUGGCCAACCAUCCAACCCCAAUGGCUGCAGCUGCCAAUGAGGUUUACAAGAGGGCUAAGGCACUGGACCAGUCAGACAAUGAUAUUUCUGCAGUCUACAGAGCCUACAUUCAUUAGAGAGGGUGUGACCUAUCCUCUGGACCACACAGUCUUUAAUCCCUUCUUAUUUCUCCCUCAUCAUUUACUGAGUUUGUUUAUUUUAAAUUCUAAUCAUUUUUAUUUCAUUUUGCCCCAGCACCAGCCAUGUUCCCCGCCCCACAGGUCAUGGGAUGUAAUUCCUUUUUAGAGGCAACCUUGAGCAUUGUACUGACUGUAGCGGGGGAAUAUACGCUGUGAGAGCGCUCCAAACGAGGCUGUACUACUGUGCCGCCGCAGUUUGCCGCGGGGGGGCAGUUUGCCUGGUUUCUGACGACUCAGAAAACGGUAGAAGUAACGCAGGGUGUUUGGCGAGGAUGUAGGGUCCAGUGCUACUGUGAAGAGCAGGGUGUCCCACUCAAUCCAGAGAAAUUGCUGUCAGGUUUUGUGGAUGUAGAAACCCUAAAGAUUUUGUUUUGUUCAUGUGCAAAUGAAGAGUUUAUUUAAUUGAGUGUGAUAUUUGCUUUUCUUUUUAAAUGUCCAGAAUUCCAUGAGAAAAAAAACACCAAGAACAUGCCACUGCAUUGCCUUAAUAUUGUGCCCCCUCAAGUCUUUCAAUAAUAGAUGUAUUUAUUUAUGUUUCUUUCCAGGUCUUCUUGGUGCAGUUUGUUCAUGGCUUGUUUCUGUAUUUGAUGAGAUGAUGUAUGCUUUUAUGUUGGUGUUAAUGAUCUUUCUUGAACAGGUUAAGGACAGAGCAACAAAUGUGUUGAGGCCUUAAAAUGCAGUAAUAAUUGAUAUGUCUCAUUGAGACUUGAGAUUUCCACAUUUGAAACCCUUCUUUUUUUUGUUUGGAAGAGUUCUCAUUCUCAUCUACUGUGUUUUUCUUUUUUAAUAUAUUACCCUGCAACUAGGUGAAUCCACUUUUUGAGUUGUGUUUUAACUGAAGUCUAAUUAAUCUCCAGGGUCAAGAUUUCUUUUUUCUUUUUCUUUUUUUCUUUUUUUUUUGGCAAGUUAUGAAAACUGUGUCUGGGUUUGGGAGGCAAAGUUUAGAUCAUCAUUGGACAAAAUGACACAAUUAAAAACCAAACUACUGAAAGAGUUUUAUGUGGGUUAGUGGUGGAGAGGGUUCAUCACUGUUGAAUAAAUACAACACCCUCAGCUCCACAGUCAGCAGUUGAUUUUAGUUGGAGCAUUAUUGACAAACUGUUACAUCAGUCUAAUAUAUACACACACACACACACAACUCAUUUCUGCUGAACUGUUCUCCAGUCAAACCAAAUGUUAACGUGGAUGGUUUUUAUUUUUAAUUUAUUUCUUGCUUUGUCGUCAAAAAGAUUUUAGGUCAAAUAAAAGGAGGGACAGAAUGUGGCCACGUGACAGUGGGGGCAAUCUUAACUACAUAGUAGAGGUCCUCACGAGUCCAGUGGGUUUUUAGUAUACGAGACCUGUUUCAGGUCUGGAACCUGACUGAUAAAUUGGCCAACCAGUAUUAUCAGCUGAUAUAAGCUCAUGACAGAUUCAUCACACGUGUUGACUGUUUAUUAACAUGCAACAUCAGUACAGGAAUACCAAAGAGAGGUUAGAGGUCAUUUAAAAACCAUGGCUCCAUCACAGAGUCACAGUCCUGCUCACACUGCUUCAGUAAACAAAUUUAAGGGGAAGUGAAUGGUACCUGAUAUAAUUUCAUCACAUUUUUUUUAACUCAAACCAUUCUCUUCUUGAGUCCAAAUUAUCUUUAGUCUAAUCAGGUCAGGUAGGGUCAUGCUCUGUUACUGAAGGUUUCAGCAGAUCUAUAAAAAAUGUGUUUUUUUUUAAACCAGGUGCAGUGCAGGAAAAAUGUCUUUUAAAGUUCAUUUGUGCACACCAGGUUUCUUUUGGGGCUUGUUUUGGAUAGGGGCUAAAAAUUUUGGGCCUGUGAAGACCUCUACUACGUCGCCUAAAACAUACCCUGUAUGAGUAUGCAGAUGCAAGUGACAAUGCCCAACAUAUGCAAAAGAAACACGGCACGACUGUGUACGCUCAGCCAGAGGUGUUAUGUCCCUGAGAACAUGCCAACAGUUCUGUUACAGCCAGAUACUCAAACUGGACUUGUCAAAGAUCAGACAGAAGCACAAAUCAUAAGACGGCUUUAAUGUGUUGGUGCCUGUUAGAGCGCUUCAGUCCUCCACUGAAAACUGCAGAUGGAUCAUGACAUAUGAAAUAGUCUGUGUUGGCAUACUUACAGAGUGAGUUGCAGGGUUUAUGCCUUGUUCCUUGUCUAUUAAGUUUGGCCAGCUUCACAUCAGCUCUGAUCUGUCCUGCAUGGUAUCAGGAAGUAAGUGCAGAAAUGGGUCUCUCGCAAUGGCAAAUAUUACGACAAAUCUGUUUUGUGUUUUCCUACGAUUCUAAAAGAAAUUAGAGAAACGGCAUCUUGUGAAGGAGCACGUCAAUACUUGACCCCACAGACUCAGUGACUUAAACAAGAGCAAACUGUAGCCCUGCUGUCCACUAUGACAUGAGGAAAGAGAGCAGAACUUUGAUGGAGAGUGUGCACCAUCAGAAGACCCAGAACUGUAAUCGCUUCCUUGCAGAAAAUAAAACCUCAUGGCGUUUUGUUCCUUUACAGUUUUGAUGAGUUGAAACUGUAAAUGAAGACGUUCUCAUUAAACAGAAUCAUUUUGUUGCAUGUUAAGAAUCCAGCAUCCCAUUUUAACAGAUCUGUUUGCCAAACAAAUGAUGUUUAAGGUUUUUAAUUUACACACUAAGUGUAAAGAACUGUUUUUAGAAGACAGAUGUAAAUAGCAUAUUAGGUUGAGUAGGGUUUCUUUUCUAUCUACAAUAACCAGGAUUAAUGAAAUCAACUUCUUUUGGUUUUGACUCUACAGAGCGACUGUCUAACAUCUUUGUGUCUUAAUACUGUAGAUUGUUCAGUUAAAGUGUAAAUGGUUUAUUAAUAUGUGGCUUAUAUAAUCUGGCUUAUUAUCACAUUGAAAUGACAAUGACUUGGAUCCUGUUAAAGAAAGGAGGGUGUUACUUUGGUUUUGGGGAUAUUUAUGAUUUUGUGUACAUGUGGAAAUAUCAAGACUUUUGUGCUGUUUAAUAAAUCCUCUCCUGAUUACUGACA